AUGAUGAAGGCUGUGCUUCUGGGCUGCUUACUAGGGCUGCUUUGGGGCUCUCCAAUCCAAGCUGAUGUCCCUCUUCAAGGCAACUUUGACAACAGCAAGGGUUUGUGGUACAUCACAGCGGCAGCAUCGGAUGAUGAAGACUUUUUGGCCAUGAAGGAAACGAUGAAGAUGCCAAUCACUUUUGUGACUCCUCUGGCCAAUGGUGACCUGUCUGUCAAGACAGUUUUCCCAGCGCCUGGUGGUGGGUGCCAGAUAGUGGAUGCCACCUUCACCAAGGGUGCAAUGCCAGGACAAUUCAGAAAUCCAGACAUGGGCCAGGAGGACAUCAGUGUGCUGAGCUCUGACUACCAACAUUAUGCCAUUCUCCGCAUUAUGAUGAACAAGGGAGGUGUUCAAAGAGUAAUGAUGCAGCUGUACUGCCGCUCUCCAGAGCUCUUUGCUGAAGGUGUACAAAGGAUGCAAAUGUUAGCACCCAAAUUAAACCUCAACCCCAGCCAGGGUGCCAUCUUCCCUAAGUCAGAUGAGUGUGACAAAGUCCUCACCAAGAUGCUUUAUUGUUCCACUCGGGAGUUUGAUUUCUAUCAGGGCAGGACAACGGCAGACAAGCCUCCUCCGGGUGAGGAUGCCCCGGAGCUCCGCCCGUUCCGGGGCUGGGACUGGCUCUGCGGGCUGCGCCUCCAGUGA